GUGAAUAGAACAAUGAGCGGUUUUAAAGUGCGCUUUGAGCCCUGUGCUGUUUUGAAGGUAGCCCUGGCCUUUGCAGCUCUCAUGUCUGUGAUGUUUUCUGUCAUUCGCUCGAACGAUUCCACUAGAACGGCAGAACAUCCAAAGCAGUCAAUUUCUCUCGCAAAGCUCGGUAAAAAAACGCCUGUUCUCGUGAUGGGCUUGCCUCGUUCCGGAAGUGCGUCGUUGCACGAAUUUUUUCGGUGCAACAACGUCAAAUCCAGUCACUUUUGUUGUGGCACAAGCCAAAAGACUUCCUUUGCUUGCGAGCCAGAUCAACCGACAUGCGGCCGCUGUGUCCACCAAAAUUUGAACCAAAGUCUUCCGGCAUUUCAGGGCUGCGGCAACUUUUCCGUCUACAGCCAGUUCGACGUGGAAAGCGGCCAACCCUUUUCGUGGUUUCUGCCACAGCAUUUCGCUUUGCCACUCCUACACGAAAGUUUUCCAGAGGCGGUAUGGAUACUCAAUCGCAGGGCGGAUGCGCGCGUAUGGGCGAGGGGAGUCCUCCACUGGUAUUCCGUAAGUCGGCGUGUGAUGAAUGCGUUUGGGCUACAGUAUCAUCAUCCCACUCUGAUUGCGGCAAAAAUCUACGAUGCUCCAGUUCGUCCCUUGACGGAGGACGGUUUAAUUGCGGAUAUCUCGCUAAGUUUAGCACGAGCUGAAAAUGUAACUGAGCAUAAACGCCGUCUGGACGAGCUCACCAGUGUGUACGAAGCGCACUUACACCGGGUGCGCGCAUUUGUCACUGCAAACCCUUCGCACUCAAUGCUUGAAAUUGAUGUGGACGAUCCUGCCUCCGGAGAAACCCUCUCUGCAUUUUUUGGUGGUGCUCGCGCCUCCUGCUGGGUAUUCGAUGCACAGUCCCUAGACAAUGACUGGAAGAAAUUUUCACUUCAAAUUUAA